UAUCCUCCCAGCAUAUGGUCUAAAAUCUUCUCUAGAGAUCGGGAACAAACAAACAAACAAACAACAAACCACCACCAACAAAGUCCUCAAAGCUCCUCUCCCCGAGCCCCUCCCCCACUCCCCACCUCCUGGCUUUCAGCAAACUUCCCAGAGUUGGAAAAGUGCAGCGCCGGACACCGCUGCCGGGUGGGUGGGGACCCCGCUGCCCGGCGCUGCGGUGGCUGCGGCGCCGCUGACUGCGACGCGGGAGCUCCGGGAGCGGCGCCCGCAGAUAAUUCUGCCCCAGAGACUACAAGUAUGAAUACCACAGACAACGGUGUCAACUGUCUAUGUGCAAUAUGUGGGGACAGAGCAACAGGGAAGCACUAUGGGGCAUCAAGCUGUGAUGGGUGCAAAGGCUUCUUCAGACGCAGCAUACGCAAGAGUCAUGUUUACUCCUGCAGAUUCAGUCGCCAAUGUGUUGUUGACAAGGACAAAAGGAAUCAAUGUAGAUACUGUCGAUUAAGAAAAUGUUUUAGAGCAGGAAUGAAAAAAGAAGCUGUUCAAAAUGAACGUGAUAGAAUAAGCACCAGAAGAAGCACACUUGAUGGCAGCAACAUCCCUUCCAUUAACACACUGGCUCAAGCGGAAAUUCGGUCUCUCCAGAUCUCAGUCUCAAGUCCCGGAGUAAGCACUGACAUAAACGUUAAGAAAAUUGCAAGUAUUGGUGAUGUCUGUGAAUCCAUGAAGCAGCAGCUCUUAGUCUUGGUGGAAUGGGCUAAAUACAUUCCUGCCUUCUGUGAGUUACCACUGGAUGAUCAGGUGGCCCUGUUAAGAGCGCAUGCGGGGGAACACUUACUGCUUGGAGCUACAAAGAGAUCCAUGAUGUAUAAAGAUAUUUUGCUUUUGGGAAACAACUAUGUUAUUCACCGUAACAGCUGUGAAGUUGAAAUCAGCCGAGUGGCCAAUAGGGUUCUCGACGAGCUCAUCAGACCAUUCCAAGAAAUCCAGAUUGAUGACAAUGAGUAUGCUUGUUUGAAGGCAAUUGUAUUUUUUGAUCCAGAUGCAAAAGGGCUAAGUGACCCAGUGAAAAUUAAGAACAUGCGGUUCCAAGUGCAGAUUAGUCUGGAGGACUACAUCAACGAUCGUCAGUACGACUCACGGGGCCGUUUCGGAGAGCUUCUGCUGCUGCUGCCCACGCUGCAGAGCAUCACCUGGCAAAUGAUCGAGCAGAUACAGUUUGUCAAACUUUUUGGCAUGGUCAAAAUUGACAACCUACUUCAGGAAAUGUUACUGGGUGGUGCCUCCAAUGAUGGGAGUCAUCUCCACCACCCAAUCCACCCACAUAUGUCUCAAGAUCCACUAACUGGACAAACUAUACUUUUAGGUCCCAUGUCAACACUGGUUCAUACAGACCAGAUCUCAACUCCUGAAACUCCACUUCCUUCCCCACCACAAGGCUCUGGACAUGAACAAUACAAAAUAGCUGCAAACCAAGCUUCAGUCAUUUCACACCAG